AUGAUUGUGAGUCUGGUCAAACAAAUAGAGAAGAGAGACUCGGUUUUAACAUCCAAAAAUCAGAUUGAAAGACUGACCCGUCCUGGCUCCUCCUACUUCAAUUUGAACCCAUUUGAGGUUCUUCAGAUAGAUCCUGAAGUGACAGAUGAAGAUAUAAAAAAGAGAUUUCGGCAGUUGUCGAUAUUGGUGCAUCCUGACAAAAACCAAGACGAUGCUGACAGAGCACAAAAGGCUUUUGAAGCUGUGGACAAAGCUUACAAGUUGCUACUGGAUCAGGAACAAAAGAAGAGGGCCCUGGAUGUAAUUCAGGCAGGAAAAGAAUACGUGGAACACACUGUGAAAGAGCGAAAAAAGCAACUGAAGAAGGAAGGGAAACCCACAAAUGUGGAGGAGGAUGACCCCGAGCUGUUCAAACAAGCAGUAUAUAAACAGACCAUGAAACUCUUUGCUGAACUGGAAAUUAAAAGGAAAGAAAGAGAGGCCAAAGAGAUGCACGAAAGGAAACGACAAAGGGAAGAAGAGAUUGAAGCUCAAGAAAAAGCCAAACGAGAAAGGGAGUGGCAGAAAAACUUUGAGGAAAGUCGAGAUGGCCGAGUGGACAGCUGGCGAAAUUUCCAAGCAAACACAAAGGGGAAGAAAGAGAAGAAAAACCGAACCUUCCUGAGACCACCAAAAGUAAAAAUGGAGCAGCGUGAGUGACCCUGCUGGGCCCCGGCCACAGAAGCUUCCACCAGCUGCCUCCCCUCCUGCUUGGAAGGACUCGUUCUCUCUCCCACCUCCCCCCACAUAGAAUAGUACUUGCUUUUUAGUCCACUUUGUUUCAGUACACUGUAAUAUCAAUCAGAAUAAUUCUUUUGUACGUUGACAUGAGGGGCUCAGUUAAAAAAACAAAAACGAAAAGACCUUCCCCACUCCCUGCUCCCGGAGCAACCUGGGUAGGAAGGUGCCGCCCUUGGGGCUCCUUCUGUCUCCACGGCCUGGAACUUCAUGUUUUGUACUUUAUGGAAUUGUGACGGCUAGAGACUUCAUGUGGAGUUGAUGGAAAUCAUUCAAUUAAAGCUGUUGCUUACAAUGGUGUUGCAGUCACUUCUGCAGAGACAAGCCUGGACCACCUUAGGAAGCCCCUGUUCUUCAGUUACUUGCUUCUGAAAUCCUGAAUCAGACAGGGGCAGUGGUGUGGGCAGGCAGGCAGGGCAGCCCCUCAGUGCCCUGCCACCCCUUGGUCGGCAUGUGCCCUCCUAAUCUCGCUGAUCCAUCAGCGUGGCAUGAGGCUCUGAGCCAUUCAAACCUGUUCAUGUUCCAAAGAGCUAGCUGUCCUCAACCCAGUACCAUUGUGUCCUAGCUCAUCUGUGUGCGUUAGUAAACUUCUGGAUGUGUAAUAAAUUUUUAUACCCAAACCA